AUGCUUCGCUCUCUUUCCUCCACUGCCGCCGUUUUCGCCAAGCGUGCUGCUGCCCCCUCUAUCGCCACCCGCGUCCUCUCGCGCGGUAUGGCCUUCCCUGCUGGUCAGAAGGAGCUCCUCAACCGCAGCCUCAAGGAGCAGGACCCCGAGAUGUUCGAUAUCAUUGAGCGCGAGAAGAGGAGACAGCGCGAGUCCAUCGUCUUGAUCGCCUCCGAGAACUUCACCUCCCGCUCGGUCAUGGGUGCCUUGGGAUCUAUCCUCCAGAACAAGUACUCUGAGGGUUACCCCGGUGCUAGAUACUAUGGUGGUAACGAGCAGAUCGAUAUGUCUGAGCGUCUCUGCCAGAAGCGUGCCCUCGAGGCCUUCAACUUGGAUCCCAAGGAGUGGGGCGUCAACGUCCAGCCCUUGUCCGGUGCUCCCGCCAACCUCUACGUCUACGGUGCCCUCAUGAAGCCCCACGACCGCCUCAUGGGUCUUGACCUCCCCCAUGGUGGACAUUUGUCCCACGGUUACCAGACCGACACCAAGAAGAUCUCGAUGGUCUCCUCCUACUUCGAGACCUUCCCCUACCAGAUUAACCAGUCGACCGGUGUCAUUGACUACGACGCCCUCGAGAAGAACUCUAAGCUCUACCGCCCCAAGAUCAUCAUUGCCGGUGCCUCGGCCUAUCCUCGCGAGAUCGACUAUGUUCGCAUGCGCAAGAUUGCCGAUGACUGCGGUGCCUACUUGAUGUCCGAUAUGGCUCAUAUCUCUGGCUUGGUCGCUGCCGAUGUCUUGAAGUCGCCCUUCCCUUACUCUGACAUUGUCACAACUACCACCCACAAGUCCCUCCGUGGCCCCCGCGGUGCCUUGAUCUUCUUCCGCAAGGGUGUCCGCAAGACCGACAAGAAGGGCAACCAGAUCAUGUACGACUUGGAGAACCCCAUCAACGCCUCUGUCUUCCCCGGUCACCAGGGAGGCCCCCACAACCACACCAUCGCCGCCUUGGCCGUUGCCCUCAAGCAGACCAAGGAUUCCACCUUCAAGGAGUACCAGCAGCAGGUUUUGAAGAACAGCAAGGCCUUUGCCACUGCCUUCACCAAGCUCGGUUACGAGAUGUCCUCGGGCGGUACCGACACCCAUUUGAUCUUGGUCGACCUCCGCUCCAAGGGCAUUGACGGUGCCCGUGUCGAGCGUGUCCUCGAGUUGGUCAACAUUGCCUCGAACAAGAACACCGUUGCCGGUGACAAGUCUGCCAUGGUCCCCGGAGGUAUCCGUGUCGGAACCCCCGCCAUGACCUCCCGUGGUUUGAACGAGAAGGACUUUGAGCAGGUUGCUGGCUUCAUCGAUCGCGCUGUCAUCAUUGCCAAGGAGGCCAACAGCAAGGUUGGCUCCAAGAAGGUCAAGGACUUCAAGGAAUAUGUUGCCGACGGCAAGAACAUCCCCGAGAUCGAAACUCUCCGCAAGGAGGUCGAGGCCUUUGCUCGCAAGUUCCCUACCGCUGGCUUCAGCGAAGACGAGAUGUUGCCCCAGUACCGCAACUAA